ACAAAAUGCAGUAUUUACGGCGAGACAAGAAAGACGAGGAAGACGGUAAGGAAUUUAUUUUUAUAUUCUUGUCUUUUCUGCUCGAGUGAAACGAGAGUAACGCGAAGUUCUCUCCUGUGUUAGGACCUCAAUCGAACCCGUUUCAAAACCUUGACAAGAGUGCAGUUUUACAAGAGGUGAGCUUAAAGCUUGAUCAUAACUAGUUAAUGCUGAAUAAAUUGAGGGAUUUUAACGGUUUUUGACUGUUAAUAUAUGCUUGAGAAUUUUUCACUUUGAAUAGGCUCGCACGUUCAACGAAACUCCGAUUAAUCCACGAAAAUGCAUCCAUAUUCUCACCAAGAUUCUGUACGUCCUCAAUCAGGUUGGUGAAUUUCAUAUUAAAUCAAAAUGUUUAAUUUUGUUUAACUUUCCAGUUCCAUUAAUCAAAUUCAAAGCUGAAGUGCGACCUUGGGUGGUUAUGAUUCGUUUCUCUGAACAAUUGUCGUUUACCUUUAAAUAAACUCAAGUCCUUUAGCAAUAAUACAGAUACUUCCAUGAUUAUACUUGUAAAUAAAAAAAUUAAGCUUAUUUUAUUUGAAUAUAAGCAGACCUACAAAUAACUGCUGGUCAUCAUCAGAUAAUGCUGCAAGACUGAACUGGUUAAAAUACCACAGACUAUCAUUUUAACAAGGCUUCUAACAUUUUACGUGACCCAUGAAAUUUAGGUAAGGGAAAGUUCUUAAAAUAUGACAAGGGGGGGAUGAAGAUAUUGAGGGGGGCUCCAAAAUUUUUAGACACUGAGGGGGGCUUUUAAGGGGGCUCGAAAAUUUGUAUACUUCAAAACCAACACAUGACAUCAUCAUACAGAUCAGAUGGUUUUCAACUCAACAAUUAAUUUUAAUGACCUGUGCAACUCAGCUAUAUCACGUGGUUUACAGAUAUAACAAAUGUAGUCUCAGUAAUUAUUACACUCUUGUUCAUCCUAAAGAUGCUUUAGAAAAUUGUAUCACAACUGUAUCUCAAGUUUGUCAUAGUAUAAACCAUUGAAGACAAUAACGGUAAAUAUAUUUAAUACAGUCUAGCGAUCUUUUUCGGGCUCUGAAAUUUUUUUCGACUACCAAGGAGGGGCUCUAAAAAAUUGAACCGGUUAGUUUAGGGGGCUGCUAAAAUUUCAAGCUUCGAGUUUCAAUACCUUCAUCCCCCCCCCUUGUCAUAUUAAAUGAACUUUCCCUAAAUCCGCAAAAUCCUGUGAAAUUCACAAGAGCACAGGAAAUAUUAUUUUUAACGCAGUCAAAUCCCACAAGCAACCACCUGAAAUGCAAAGAUUUUAUGGUUGCUCAUGAACCAUGGUCUUGUAAGAGAAUUGAUCCACUUCCAGGGACCUCUUCCAAACCAGGCUAGAUUGAAACCAUUCUAACCUGAAUUUCCUUUAUUAAAACUCCUAUCUGAGAAUGUAUAACAUUAUGGAACUGUAAGUUUCUCCUAAGAGUUGUUAUUUAUUUACUCUCAGGGACAGCAUCUUGGUACAACAGAAGCUACAGAAGCUUUCUUUGCUAUGACUAAGCUGUUUCAGUCGAAAGAUGUAAGUUGCGUUUGUAAAAGCUCCUUCAUAAAAGGGAGAGAUGUACUUGAAUGCCCUUCAUGUCAUAACAGUAAUACCCAGUUAGUCCUAUAAUACUAAACUCUCCAGGGUUGAUGGAACGGCCUGGGUGGGCAGAAAAAGGACUGGGCCCAUUUCUCAAAAGUCCCGAAAAUUUACAGGCUAAGAAAGCUGUUGUUGUUGACAUUCAAUAAGGAUACCAGGUAAAUACAACAAGUAGGCAGGGAGUAAAACUGCUAAGGAUUUCUUUUGGUUCUAUUUUUCUUAUAUUUUCCUCUGAAAAUAGCCGGGGGUCAUGUUCACAGUAGGCGGGGGAAAUCCCUUUCUCCUGUCUCUUAAUGACAGUUUUCAUUCAAGAUCAAGGUUUCAAUAGUUUUCCAGAUAUGAUAAAAAUAUCAGUUAACAACAAGAAAAAAAUGGUCUAAUUUGUUAGAUAGGACCUUUACUUUUAUUCUCAUAAUUAUUAUUAUUUUGAUUUAAAUACUGUAUUUUGCCCGAAAAGUUACCGGAACUUUUGAGAAGUGGGCCUUAGAAGUUACUUGUUUAUUUUGGAGUAUUUACUUAAGUAGUAAUAAAACCUGUGAUAUUUUAACCCCUUUUCUUGCAAUAAAACUGUGAAAAAUUUAAUUUUUGUUGGUGUCCAAGAAAAGUGGGUAACAAAGUUAUCUUGGAGGGAAAAGUCGAUAAUUGAAACAGCAAUUUUCUAAAAAAGAUAGAUCAUGGCCUCAGUAACAAGAUAACAUAAUGUUCAAUCUUUCCAUAUUUGCCAGAAAACAAGAAAAGGUUUUCAUGAUAAAAUUUGAUUUUAGCACUACAACUAAAAGCCAGAUGUCAAUUUAAUAAAAUGUUUACGAGUGUUUUUUACAAGUAUAGAAGUUUUAUAAAAUUGACCCCAGAAAUGACUUACUGUAGAAAGAAAAACUUAGUGUCUGUUCCUUUGGGAUGAUCAGGAUCAGGACCAUUGAUACAUGAGCACUCAGGUUUGACUGGGAUCAUGGUGCAUCAAAUAAAGUGAUGACUCAUUUCCCAGGGUAGAUUCAUCGAUUCCUUUGAUUUGGUAUGGUCCAAGAUCCAAGUGAUCCUAGAUCACAAUUUCCUGAUCUGGAUCAUCCCAAUGGAUUGCACCCUUAAUUGCAAGAUUUUCUCAAUGUCACUAUCAGGUUCAGGAAUGUUUUUUUGUUGUUGUUAUUUUCCAUUAUGACGGUGGGAAAUGUCAUAAUUAUUAUUGCUUUAGCUUAGGAUGCUUACAGCUGUAAUGUAAUAAUAAAUUGUGUUUCAAUUAGGUGAUGCUGCGUAGAAUGGUGUACUUGGCAAUCAAAGAAUUAGCCAACAUUGCUGAGGAUGUCAUUAUUGUAACAAGCAGGUACUGGAUCGCAAUAUCAUAAGUUGACCCUACAGAGUUACUAUUAAAAAGCACCACAUGGUUUGAUUACAUUGGGAUGUUGUUUUGCCUAAAUGCAAUUGAACCUCUCUAAAACAGCCUCCUUGGGGACAGAAGAACGUCAGCAUUAAAUAGAAAAUAGAGGAGGCUGUUGUGAUAAGGCUUAAAGAAGAGUCAUUGGAUGGACUGCCCCCAAAAACCCCCCCCCCCCCCCGCUAAAAAGUGGCUGUUAUAGAGAGGUGGCCAUUGUGGAUAGUUGGCUGUUAGUGGAGGUUCGACAGUGUUUUGAGUUCAUGUGUGCUUAAGUCAAUAAGCACGUGCCAAAAAUUGUCCAGUAGCUAAUACUGUCUGAGGCACAUAUUGAUUAAAUUAAUGAUUGAUUUUAUUUUCUGUAACAACCCUUUAUUAUUAUAAGGCUUUUUUACGUGGACCAAAAAUUAUUUGUUCCUGUUGAAUGCUUGUAUGUUAUAGGUCAAAUUUGAUUUCAGGUUUCAUUUGUAACUUAGGUUGAUUUUCAUUUUCUUUUGUCUCUAGGGAAGAGACAAAGGAAAUUGUGAAUCAACCUGGGUUAAAUCAAAAUUACAUUGUAACCUUAAAUCAAAUUUGACCUGUAACAAAUACAACCUGCCUGAACACACGAGCUUCAAUUCAGUUGUAAAUUGUUUUAGAUAUACUGGUAUGCAUAGUUUUAUAGCAAUGUCAAGACUUACUCUGCCAUACAAUCAUUACAAUGUUUUUCUUACUGUGUCAGUCUACAUAACCUUCUGAGAGGCACUAGCACCUCACUUUUUUCUUUAUUCUCUCAACUUUAUGUUUUACUGAAAGUUGUAUCUUUCUACAGCUUGACAAAGGAUAUGACUGGAAAGGUAACAUUUUGCGUUAAAAUGAGUUGUUGUUGCUGUUGUUUUUGUCAUGCUUACGGUGAAUUUUUGCUCAUCAAUUUGAGACAGUUUGAAGUUGGUUACAAUAAUUUAUUAUUUUCUAACAGUAGAAAAAUUUUUGUCCCAUUUUAGGAGGAAUUGUAUCGUGCCAGUGCCAUAAGGGCCCUUUGUAAAAUAACUGACGUAAGUUAAUACAAAUAAGACAUUGUUACAACUCAAUUCAAAAUUUCCCUCAAUACUUGUAUAGCUCUGCACAAUAGGCGUAGGCACAGUCAGUUAGUUUGUGGCCUUCUGUGCAAGAGGUACAUGUACCUAUAUGCAGUCCUAGGUGUUGUCUCAAAUCCUUGUUUCCGCUUGUCUCCUUUUUGGGUAGCUUUAAAGGCUGGUUUUCACUUGCGAUGGAGUUGGAGUCGUAAACAGAGUCAUAAUCGCAACGGAAUCCGAGUCAAAAGAAUCAGAACAUUUCCAUUUUCUUUCGACUCUGCUUACAUCUCUGUCACUUCCGUUCCGCUUAUGAUCGACAUCAUCUAGUGAAAACCAGAUUGUUGGAUUCGGAAGCAGAAGUGGUAACGAUAAACCAAUCACAAUGCACAUUUUUCUAAUUCCCGAGCUUUGUGAUUGGUUUAGUUCUUCCGCUUCUGCUUGUGACUCUGAUGACCCAGUUUUCACUUUAUUGUAAACGACGGAGUCGCAAGUGGAAUCGGAAGAAUCAGAACACUGUUUUCCCUAGAUCGUAAAGUUCUACACGUCUGAUUACAACUCCAACUCCCACUCCUUUGCUAGUGAAAACCAGCAUUUAGUAGCUUUUAAUAAUAUUAUAAAACGGAGCACUGAUGAUGACCAGCAUUGGUUUGAGGUUAACUUUUCAUGAAUUACAUUUAGCCGCAGAAAAAUUGAAGCUUCUGUUAAUAUUCAUUUGCAUUGUCUUUCCUAUGGUAACUUGUAGAGCACCAUGUUGCAAGGUAUUGAACGAUAUCUGAAACAGGCAAUUGUGGACAAAAAUGCCAGUGUGUCAAGUGCAUCCUUGGUCUCAGCUCUGGUGAGUGUUUCUGUUCAAGUGGGUACAGUUGUGAUAGAAAGCAGUGGAAGUGAGGCAAAAACCAGUUAUUUUGAUUGGGCCACAUGCUGUUUGGUGCCUUAACAAUGACCUCUGGCUUACUGAGGAAGUGGCCUUAUUAAAAGUCGAAGUUCACAUGUGCUAAAUUUUAUGCUUAGUAAAAUCUAGUGUUCUUGCUUAUUUGUAACAUGUCUCAGCAUCACAGCCACACUCUUGUAUUGUGUCUGUGAUCUAUUCAUAACCAAGAAUUCAAGAACUCCAACUUGCUGAUCAGUACUCAUAUUAUCCCCCCAAAAUGGUAGCAUUCAGUCCUUAAUCUAAUCUCAGAACUCAGCAUUGCACUAUCUAAUGUUACAGACAUUUCCUUCUGUUAGUGGGAACAGGUGGUACAUAUACACACACCACUAUACUCUAGGGCUGUAUCAAGACCAGUGUGUAACAGGAUACGCAGUAAUGCGUAGAGUAUCAGGGGUGAUAAAAGCAGAAAGUUAAAAUUGCUUUAACAUUAUUUUCACUGUCUGAUGUAGUUCAUUAUUAUUCUCAUAGCAUCUGAUGAAGCCAAACUAUGAUGUGGUGAAACGCUGGGUAAAUGAAGCACAGGAGGCUGUGUCCAGUGAUAACACUAUGGUUCAGGUAGGGAGAUGGUAUGAAUACUCUGCCGAUAAUGACUUUUAAAAUGUACGUAAUUUGUAGAGGAUAUUAUUACAAGGUUUUAUGGAAAUACAAAAUUUCUCUUGAACACAAGAGGGAAAAAUUCAUAAUUAUCUCCAAGUGGCCAUACAAUGUUCAGUCUAUGGUAAGCCCCCUUUCUCUAGAACUUUCUAACAAUUUAAAAAUUAAAGGAUUCUUUGACUUCAAUGAAAACUUUCAUUGGUUGUAAUACUUUUGUAAUACUUUUUAUCUUUUCUGCCUUUCCAUCUGUAGUACCAUGCUCUUGGUCUCUUGUACCAUGUGAAGAAGACUGAUCGCCUGGCUGUAUCUAAACUCAUAUUCAAGUACAUCAAACAGUCUCUGAGAUCACCUUAUGCUGUCUGCAUGCUGGUAUGUGCAAUAAUUAUAAACAAACUAAUUCAAGGAAAUGUUCAUUGAAAUGUAAAAGAUGAACAAAAGUGCCAUGUUUUCUAUGGAGUUGUUUUCCAAACAUCUCAGCCCUGGCCCUUCAUCAGUGAAAUGACAAGUGCAAUGUACUACAUGUCAGAACCAGUUCAAAGUUUGGAUACAGCACUUUUGUACACAUUUUACUAGUCAAACACAGCUCACUGGAGGUUUUUCUGCAUUAGUUUUGAAUUUACUGCCAUAUUACUAGACCAGAAUAGUUUGCGAAGGUGACAACAAAUAUAGGAAAAAUAUAUUGUCUUUGGUGUAUUUAUUUGUUGUAGAUCCGCAUUGCAUCCAAGUAUCUUGAUGAGGAGCCUGAAGUGUGAGUACAAGACUAUUAUACAAAUAAUAUUACUGCUAUUCAUUGUGCAAGUACAUUAUUUUUUCUGUUGGAGGGUGGUGGGGGGAUAUCUUAAAAGUGAGUUUGUUUUAUGGCAUUUCUUAGGGUUUUACGGGGUAAAAGAAUAGUGAAUGGCAGUUCAGUUCUUCUUUAUUUAGUAGUUUAUUUUUUUCAAUGGACAAAAGAAACAGCAUGGGAAAUAUUAUUGCAUCACUAUCAAAAGCCCACUGUAAAGGAAGCAAACAGAUUAUUAAGGAAGAAUGCACUCUUAAGAUAACUGUUUUCUUGAAGGUUUGUGCAUUUUUUGAUGUUAUGUUUUGUUCUGUUAUUUCAGCGCGGACAGCCCUCUUUAUGAUUUCUUAGAAAGCUGCCUAAGGCACAAGAGUGAGGUAGUGUAUAUAUUCCAUCCUUCUUUCAUUCUUUUAUUCUCCAUUAUAUAGUGGCAAGCUUAAAGAUGCACGUAACUGCCAAACUCAUUGUGGAAAAUGUAAGAAUUUCAAAUGGUCUUGUACCAAGGUCACAUUAACAUACUCACCCCUUACCAGGAGAUUAAUUUUGGUUUAAAGUAGCUUGCUUAAGUGCCAUCCACUGACUGAAAUGUGUUUCAACAUCUUUAUCCUUUUUCUUACACUGCAAUAAAAAUUACAAGGCAUAUUGAUUUGAACAACUUCCUAGAAUAAUGAAAAAGACAAUUUUUGUUUGAAGAAAAAAGAAAGAAUUUAUUAUUAUUACCAUGUUGCAUUUACAGAUGGUGAUCUACGAAGCUGCCCGAGCACUGGUAAACCUAAAGAACCUCAAGUCACGGGAUUUGUGCCCUGCAAUUUCCGGUUAGUACGUUAGAAAGUUGUUUAUGAUAAAUUGUUACUAGCAGAUAUACAUGUUAGAACACGUAGGGCUUGUGUGUAACCGUUGGAUGUAUUCCCAUAAUUUUGUAGCACUUCGUGUCAUAAUGAGGUCUUAACUUAAGAUACAAAAGUUAAAUGUACUUUAUGAUCCUGAAAUUAUAUAUUUUUUGAUUGCUUUCCACAGUGUUACAACUUUUCCUUAGUUCACCACGCCCUACACUGAGGUUUGCUGCUGUUCGCACCUUGAACAAAGUUGCUAUGACACAGCCCAUGUCUGUUACAACCUGCAACUUGGAUCUUGAAAAUUUGAUCACAGAUGUUAACCGUAGCAUCGCUACCCUGGCAAUUACUACACUCCUGAAGGUUAGUUUUUUUCUUCAUGCAUUGUCGUACACCUGAUAAAAGACUGAUAAUUUCUUAGAGCCACCAAAAAUCAUGUAACCUGUUAAUUCUGUGAAUAACAAGCAAAGAAAAUGUCCUUAUCCAGGUUGCCCAGCAGUAAUCAGGGCUGUCACUUAAGGGCUAAAGGUCAGGGAUUUGCCCUGGCUACUACGUUAAGAGCAUGACUCCCAGCUACUAUAUAUAGUAGGAAACAAAAGGAAAAUAGGCCAAAAAGAACAUCCUAAGCUGCCCAAUUCCCUGCCUGUUAAUAAACAAUAAAUAAAUAAUGAAGAGCUGGGUUGAAAACUCUGCUAAGUGGAAAAUUUUGUCUGCACUAUUUUUUCCUUAGACAUGCACAAAUAUUUGCAUCUGGUUUUGAUUCAAUAGAAAAACAUGAUCCUGUAUUUUUUUUCACCCUUUCCUGCAUCCUGUUAAAAAAAAAAACAUGCAAAAAAUGUGGUGGUGUUCAGUGCAGUACAAAAGAAACCAAUAAAGCUGUUUGUUUCAAUAAAUUUAAUGAAGUAAUACAAAGCAGAGUUAAUACGAAUACCAAAGUUACCUACAUUAUGUAGUUCUUUAAAGACACUAAAUUGUGGAAGUCGAACUAUAAAUCCAAAAACUUAAAAUAUUAGUGACAAACCUGUGCAUGUAUACUGUAAUUACAGAAAAGAUUAAGAGGGACUGUAAUGUUAUUGAAGAAUUUGUGUAUUCUUUUGCACUGUAGACUGGCAAUGAGAGCAGUGUCGAUCGUCUUAUGAAGCAGAUCUCAUCCUUCAUGUCAGAGAUCUCUGAUGAGUUCAAGAUUGUUGUGGUUGAUGCAAUCAGGUUAGCUUUCAAAUUAAUCAAGGUCAACUUUUGGCCAACAGGUCAUGCCACCUUCCUUUGAUUUUAUUUACUUACAGCUAAAGUGGUUCGAAAUAUCUUUGAUUUUUGCAGGUCCUUGUGUCUGAAGUUUCCCAGAAAACACCAUGUGAUGAUGAACUUCUUGUCUUCAAUGCUCAGAGAUGAGGUCAGUAAAAUGGUUUAUGAUUGGUUUAUUAUUUUUCUAAGUAUUGUUAUCUUCUUUUCCUCUUAACAUUUAGCCUUUAUUAAUACUUCGCUUUUACAUUGUUAACAUUAGAUGAGAAAAUUUUGUUGCCUAAUCAUACAUAUUUUUUGCAGUAAAAUUAAUAUGCGUUUUUAUUGGUAUAAAUUAUUGUCAAAAAGACAUCUGUAAAGACUGAUGAAACAAUAUUCUGACUGGCCUAUACCAGUCUUCAUCAGGUUUAUUAGGACAAAUCAAAAAACGUGAAAUUAAGUACCAAUAAGGUCCCAUGAAAUUCACACACAGAGUAAUUAUUAUAGUGACAGUGAUAUGAUAAUAUCAUUGGAAUGUUGUUUCAGGGUGGAUUUGACUACAAGAAAGCCAUUGUUGAUACAAUCAUCACCAUUAUUGAGGAGAAUACAGAAGCCAAAGAAGCAGGUACAUUCACAAUAAUUUUCCCCUCCCUCUCUCUAUUGUCCCUAAGAAGGGCUAUUUUUUGAUUGACAACUAAAUCCAGGGUAACUGCAACAAUUUUUUUUAAACGUUUAAUGCUAUUUUUUGUUAUACAGGAUUGGGCCAUCUGUGUGAGUUCAUUGAAGACUGUGAACAUACAGUCCUUGCCACUAAAAUCCUGCAUCUCCUAGGACGGGAAGGACCUCGCAGCCAGAACCCAUCCAAAUACAUCCGCUUCAUCUACAACAGAGUCAUCCUAGAGAAUGCUGCAGUCAGAGCUGGUUAGACAUUAGUUGUUGUUUGUUGAUCACACAAGAUUGCAUCGUCAAGUGUAUUUCUAGAUAUGUUCUAUGUGCUACAAAGAUCAGAGUGACUUGCUAUGUACUCAAAAUAUGAUCAUUCAUUUGAAAAUCCCACAUAUCAACCGCGCACAUGCACCAGGAAACCUAACAGACGGUCCACAGUUAACCCAUGUUGCAUUGCCUCAACUUUAACUUUGCGAAAAAUAUAUUCAGCUAAAUCAGAACUGUUCAAAUUUGGGUCGGGAUUGUCAAACGCCAUUUUUGCAAGAACUCAGCACAUUUCCUUGUCCGGUUUCUCUUCCAUGCUGCUCCUUUUUUAUGCGAAAUGAUUCUUAACAGAUUUAAGGAAUUAAUUCAGAAACCUCGAGGUUCCUGUACCCCUAAGCUCCAAUAUUAAUGAUGACUCUCCUUACCAUUGCCAUUUGUUGAAGUGUGAGUCAAUAAAGAUUGUUGUCCUGGUUGUUGUUGUAUAGUGAAUACUUUGGUUUGACCUGAAAGUGCUGCCAGACUACUUUCAUCUUUAACUUGGUUUAUUUUGCUUUGUUUUAUACACUCCGUGCCUAAAUGUUACACAAUUCUCUUUUUUAGCUGCCGUGACAUCUCUUGCCAAGUUUGGAGCUCACUGUGAUAGCCUGUGCUCUAGUAUCUUAGUCCUGCUGUCAAGGUUAGUGUUUUACUUUCUCCACUUGGCUUGACUUUGUUUAGUAAUGACACUUAUGUUGACUCAGUGACUUGUUUCCUAGCAUACCUGUAUUUUCAACUUAUCUCUCGAAAACUGUUUUUGAUGUUGACACCCCUGGGCCUGUAAGCGUUAAUGUAUCAAGUGCCACACUAGUCGGCCAUUGACCAGCUUGUUUUAUCAAAUGUGUUGUUGAUUCUCUUAUGAGGAAAACAUUGGCCCCAAUUUUUCAAGUUUCAAUUUAUGUCCAUUCUUGCCAUCCAUAGCAACAGACAACUGGAAAUAGUUUUAAUGUCUGAAUAUUUUCUUAAAUAAAGAAAUCAGGGCCGUCAUUUGUAGAAUUCAAUUGAAGCAAAAAAAAAAAAAAAAAUUUUGGAACUAGCUAUUUAAAAAGUGAUAGCAAAUCGUGUGACAUAAUAGCAUAAACCCUUUAAGCCUUUUCAUGUCAUUGUACUUCUAUCUUAGGUGUCUUUUGGAUACUGAUGAUGAAGUGAGAGACAGGGCCACAUUUUAUGUGAAUAUUCUCAAGGAGAAAGAAAAAGCUUUGUCAUCUGGCUACAUUUUGAAUGGUUGGUUUAUUAAAGUUCUCACUAAUCAACUUGAGAAAAUAGAGUUUCUAUUCCAAAAUUUUAGGAAAGAUGACCAAUGUGUGUUCAUAACCAUAAUAGCAGCAUGUAUAUUUAAUCUGCAUAUUUAAUUCUUGUGGUGAUAUUAAGAAGGUGUAAGAAAAGCAAAAGAAGCGGGAAGGAGGGAAAGCAAGAAGAGAGGAUAGUUUCAAUUUUAAACCCAAAGAAAUACGUACAUACAUACUUUAUUGUUACCUCCCCAAAGGGGCUUUUCAGGAACAAUGAUUAUUGAAAAGCAUUACAUUAUUUAUGAUAACCAAUUAAAACACUCAACUUAAUACUAUAAUUAUAAUUACAAUGCUAGCUAAUUACUAGUAAUUACAAUGUUCUUAAACUUAACUAAGAAGUUUUUAGAAAAUUAUCUAAAAGCUGGUUCGUUAAGGAACCUUUGAAACUUUUAACAGAUUGUCUUCAUUUAAGAAAAGGGUCCAAAUUGUUCCAAAGUUUAACAGUCCUGUAGUAAAAGGUUCUCUGCCCAGAGGCUAUUCUGAAAAGAGGGAUGUUUAGCUUUUGGCUACUCCAAGUUGUUCGUUCGCUAACUUGCUCACGGGUUAUAAAUCUUGCAUGGUUGCCACAAGUCAGGAAAGGUCAGGGUGGAAAAUUUCUUCAAGGUCAGGGAAAAGUCAGGGAAUUUCACUUUGAGCCAGGGAAAAUGACUGUCUUUGAAAGAAGUCACUGAAAAGUGAAAUUUGAGAGAACAUAUUCUUUUCCUGUACUCUUUUUGAUUUCUAACAUUUAAAAUUCUUUUGUACGUUCUUUUGACAUGAAUCAUGUUAGAUUGGUAGAAUGUUGUUUAUGAAAUUGAACGACAAGCUGGGUUUUUCAAGAAAAUCAAUCCUUUUUGCACGUUAUGUUAAGGAACUAUCAAUUCAUGUGCACUGCAUGUGACUUGCUGAAAGCAUAGACAAAUCGGUGGAGAGGAUGGCUUUCAGGGGAGGGUUGAGCUCGGGGGGAGGGCUCCGCAUAUGAAAGGGCUGGGGAUGCUCGUCGUCUCGCUUAGGGGUGUAAAUUUCGGAUUUUGGUCUCACUUAGGGUGUUCUAGGCAAAAGGCCAUCAUAUUUAGCCGCGAAGGUCUCGUUUAGGGUUGCACUUGAAAAAAUAUGAAAAUAUGUGUAUUGUCUGUGUUUUAACAUGGUCUGUUUUAGGGGUAGAAAAAAAACUUGGGCUACGCCCAGAUCGGUCUCUUUUAGGGGUUUAAUUCAAAAUUUCCGACGAGCAUCCCCACCCCUUUCAUAUGCGGAGACCCCCCUCCCGGGGGUUGAGUCCAUGAUCAGGACUAAUUUGUGAAAUUGCUCAUUCAGUUGGUUAGGGAAAUUUUACAUUUGCCAUGAAAAAGUCAGGGAAUUUCAAAAACUGCUGUCUGUGGCAACCAUGUCUGGUUUUCUCAAUAACUUCGAAAGCCAAAGCAUCAGGGACAGAAGGCAGCUUUGUGCUGGACUUAUAAACUGUGUUUUGGGCAGUUUUGCUUCUUUUUGGCCAGAUAGUGACUAAAGAACGGCUCGAUUAACUUCUAAAAAUAUUUUUGGACAAAUUUUAUUUUAGCGGUUGGUUUAACAGCCACCCUUUAUCUUGAUAAUCAUUUUUCUUUGUUCAGUCUGAUUAGGCAAUCGCAUUAUCGAGUGGAAUUCUUCACUUCAGAACCCUUAAGGAGAACGGGUACAAGCGUUGGGAACAGUGAUUUCAGGGAUCGUUUUGGUGGACAAGUGCUAAUUAUGUUUGGUCGAUGGUAUUCAAGGCAACUAUUAACCAAUCAUAAGUAACUCUUGUCCACCCAUACGAUCCAGAAAUCUUUACAUUGAAAGCUUGUACCCUUUUCCCUAAGGCUACGUGCAAACGGACGCAACAACUCCCAACAUUGUUGGCGCAACAAUGUUGGGAGUUGUUGUGUGCGUGUUGGCAGUGGUAUGCAAACGGAUGCAACAACUCCCGACAAUGUUGGGACCUGCAGUGUAUCGUGGGAAGGAUACAACCCAUAAGUCUUUGCAAACCAUGCGUAAUGAGCGUCCGUAGCCCUAACAAUGUUGGAAGCGUAGCACAACAAUGUUGGAUCAAACGGAUCCAACAUUGUUGCGCUACGCUUCGGCGAUCACGGAACAAAAGAAAUGUUGGGAGUUGUUGGCUGAAAAGUUUGACCGGUUUCAAACUUUGCGCAACAAAAUCCAACAACUUGCAACAGGGUGUGCAAACGGACAAAACUUGUGACAUCCAACAAUGUAGGAAGUUGUUGGUCAACAAUGUUGCGUCCGUUUGCACGGGGUUUAAUAGCUUUUGGAAUGGGAAAUAAGAUGCUGGUCACUUUGUUGAAUAGAAGCUGAUAUUUGUUUCUUUGCACUUUUCUAGGUCUUCAGGUGUCCAUUGUGGGUUUGGAGAGAGCUCUGUAUGCAUAUGUGAAGGAUUCCUCUCACACGGCGCCAUUUGACCUGAAGACAGUACCCCUGGCAACCACACCUAUGCAGGACCAGGUGGUUAAACCAGGAAAAGCAGGUGAGAUUGGAAUACCCUACCCAUUGCAAAAGCACGGCAAUAUCGACCCGCCCGUAUAUCCGUAGGCCUCCUAGAUAUAGUAGUGAGUUACACCGGGUUCGCACCCACCUUGAAAGUCCUUGAAAAUUGUAGUCGGUGCUGGAAAAUCCUUGAAUUUCGGUGCUAACUUUAUCCAAUCCAGAUUCUCAAGUGACUAAAAGGAGCAAACACAGAAAGACUUUUCAGGAUAAAGUUACUCAUGUUGUGGAAGAACUAAAAAAGACAAAACUCAAGUCUCUUUUUUGCACUGAAUGGAGUCCUUGACACUGAGAUGGGGGGAGGGGGAGGGGUCCUGUUCCCUCCACGACCCUCCCCUGGAUCCGCCAGUGAGAGUGAAUGUGGUGAGUUGAUUUUGUUUGUUUUUUUUCCCCUGAUAUUCAGCUAUUGAGACUCCGUCUGCUCCCACUAAUGCUGCGGCUCCCGUGGCGGCCACAAGACAGGAUGUGUAUGCUGGUAAGUGAGAACCAAAGAUCACAAAUUCGAGAAAUUACCAAAUUUCGUUUGUUCACUCCGUUUUCAUAAAAUUGGCUGCUUCACUAUUAUACGAAUUGUUCCUACAAUGCUACGACGAAGAUUUUAAGCGAAUGUUUUACAGAAAAAGUGUUACUUUUCGCAAGUUUUCGGAAAUACAAUGAGUGUUCAUGAGUAACCAAAGGUAAUCGUAAAAUAGUUUUCAGUGUAUGUGCAAAGUUUUUAUUAGCAAAACUGGAACUUUUUCCGUUGGUGUUAAGUUUUGUCUGUUGAUUUAUUUGUUUGUGUUCUUCCAUAUUACUUGCUAGUACCGCUUUAAAAAUAAUAAAAACUAUUAGAGUGUGAAAGUACUCCUGAAUACACGGGAGGUCUCAUUUGAAUGAGUAAGUACAUCAUACGAGUUUGUCCACACACUGAAUGGAUAUAUUAAGUUGGGCUAUGUGAAACUACUCCUGAAUACAGGGUUUCAUUUGAAAGAUUACACCGUACGAGUUUGUCCACAGACGCAACUACACACUGAAUAAAAUAGUAUAGUAAAUAGCAUCGUGUGAAAGUACUGAUUUGAAUGAUUACACCAAACGAGGACUUAUAUAGACGGACGAGUUAGAAUUCUUUGUCUUCUCACUUGUCUUCAUAAUGCUCUUUAGGCCAGGGGCGAGAGGUUUGAAUAGAAUCAUAACGAUUGUUUUGCUGUUUAUCCAGAACAACUUGCGGCGAUUCCUCAGUUCUCUAAGCUUGGUGCCCUGUUCCGGUCUUCACCUAAGCCAGUGGAGCUAACAGAGUCAGAGACAGAAUAUGUGGUCAACUGUGUAAAACAUGUCUUCAAUGAUCACAUUGUCUUUCAGGUUAGUUCACUGAGCAGUGAUUUUGGUACAAAUAGUUAUUAAGGUGAGUCCUGGGACUCAUCUUGUGAAAAAUCAUGAGUCCCAGUCCAGAACCAAUGAGCAGUCCGGAAUAUCCCUAAAUUUAAGGACAGGGCCAACUGGUCACGCGACACUUUUCAACCAAUGAGAAGGCGCGCUUGUGUUUAUCAACAAACAAAUCAAAACAUCGCCCCAGUGAUCAAAAAUUUUUCAAAACAACGGACGGAGUCGGACAGAAUCAGUCAACGUUUCGAGGAUCUCAGGCAUAUUUUUAAGAUGUUUCAUGAGGCAUACACAAUUUUUUUAAGUGGACAGCGUAUCGGAAGCCAUAUUGGAACUGUCUCGUGAAAUAUCCAGCACAUUUUGUGGCUUAUUCUUCUUUUAUCUUUUAAACAACGCGAUGUAUAGGAGAGAUUUUGGUCGGCUUUCAAGGUAGGUGAACAAGUAUCUAUUAUUUUUUCGAUUCACAGAUUUUUUACGAAGUUCUAAAUAUUUUU